UGUACUUGACGUUGAGUCUCCACCGGCAAUCUGCAGUUGUAAUCCGCCACCGGUCCGGAUGAAAUGUACUUUACUGCAGUCGACCGGUAACGCGAAACUGAUUGUUUAUUUUUGACCACACGUGAUCGAAUUCAUACACUCAACAAUUUUAAAAAGAUUCAUACAUAGCCAAAUAAUGAGUUCCUGUAACUGUGCGGUGACCCAACCGGGACCGACCAUUGCCAGCACAUGUGGCGGAUCACAAUUUAUGUUAUUUAUGGGCUUACUAGAAGUUUUCAUCAGAUCACAAUGUGAUAUCGAAGAUCCUUGUGGACGACCUGUAUCAAGAUCCGUACCAGAUAGAGAAUAUGAUUUCAUUGUAGUUGGUGCGGGAGCGGGUGGAAGUGUCGUGGCUAGCAGGCUCAGUGAAGUCCCUAAUUGGAAAGUAUUAAUCAUAGAAGCAGGAGGUAAUGAGCCUACCGGUACUCAGGUGCCUUCAAUGUUCUUUAAUUUCAUAGGUUCUUCGAUAGAUUGGAACUAUAAGACAGAACCUGAGGAGAUGGCUUGUUUAGGCGAAAAAGAAAAGCGAUGUGGUUGGCCAAGAGGAAAAGUACUUGGUGGCACUAGCGUUAUGAAUGGAAUGAUGUAUAUGCGAGGAAGUCGACAUGACUACGAUAACUGGGCAAAAUUAGGAAACCCUGGUUGGAGUUAUCAAGAUGUGCUACCAUAUUUUUUAAAAUCAGAGGACAAUCUACAAGCUACAGCCAUGGACCCAGGUUAUCACGCUGUCGGAGGACCAUUGCCGGUUGGUCAAUUCCCAUACCAUCCUCCAUUGUCCCAUGCUCUUUUACAAGGAGGUGUGGAAUUGGGUUAUCAAGUAAGAGACUUGAACGGCGCAAUUCAUACAGGAUUUACGAUCGCUCAAACAAUGUCUCGUAAUGGAUCUCGAUAUAGUACAGCUCGAGCAUUUUUGAGACCAGCCAAAAACAGACCUAAUUUACACUUUUUACUGAAUGCAACUGUCACGAAAAUAUUGAUCGAUCCCGUCAAUAAAACUGCGUACGGUGUAGAAGUUUUCAAAGAUGGAAAAGUUGAUCAAAUUAUCGCUAAAAAUGAGGUAAUUGUAUCUGGGGGCGCUAUCAAUUCACCUCAGUUACUUCUACUAUCUGGUAUUGGACCCAAAGAAGAUUUAAAUGCAGUGAAGGUACCUGUAAUUCACAACCUACCUGGUGUCGGUAAAAAUCUACAAAACCAUGUUGCCCAUUUUGUAAAUUUUUUUUUAAAUGAUUCGGCCACUACUCCAUUAAAUUGGGCAACAGCUAUGGAAUACUUAUUGUUUAGAGACGGACUUAUGUCGGGUACGGGCAUAUCAGAAGUAACGGCAAUACUGCCAUCAAAAUACGCUAAUCCAGUUGAUGAUUUCCCAGACUUACAGUACUUCUUUGGAGGUUAUUUAGCUGAUUGUGCCAAAACGGGACAAGUCGGCGAAAAAUAUGACGAUAGCCCGAAACGGGCAAUUCAAAUGAUACCAGCAGUGUUACAUCCUAAAAGCAGAGGCUAUCUCAAAUUAAAAUCAUCUAAUCCAUUAGAAUAUCCAGCUAUUUACGCUAAAUAUCUAACUCAUCCAGAUGACGUAGCUACACUUAUAGAUGGUGUUAAAAUAGCAAUUAGACUAUCAGAAACAUCAGCUUUACGAAAAUAUGGAAUGGAACUUGACCGAAAACCAGUUAUGGGCUGCGAGGAUAUACCAUUUGGGUGUGAUGCUUAUUGGGAAUGUGCCAUUCGUCGAAAAACUGGACCGGAAAAUCACCAAGCUGGAACCUGUAAAAUGGGACCAAUUAGUGAUCCAAGUGCUGUCGUUGAUCCUGAACUUAAGGUUCAUGGAAUCGAUAAACUUCGCGUGGUAGAUGCUUCCAUUAUGCCAACCGUUACAUCUGGUAACACUAAUGUACCAAUUAUUAUGAUAGGAGAAAAAGCAUCCGACAUGAUUAAGAGACGAUGGAUAGGCCGAAAAGCCUGGAAUAAAUGGAUGACUGGACUCACAUCAAAAAUAUCUUUAUAUUUUAGUAAUUCUCCUGAAAUUAUGCACAAUAUUGAAGAAAAAUUAGUAAUUUAAUUACUGAUUUUGUAUUUUUAUACAUUUU